GGAAAGUAUUUCAUUUUCACCUCCUCAAGUACCCCGCCCUAGUCAGCCGCAGCUGAGGUCCUGAGGAUGAGUGCCCGUGCAUUAGUUGUGAUUUUGUUUCCUGGCCUAUGCUAGCGAGAGGUCUGAUAGUGAUAAUUUUGAUCCGAAAUCCAGAAUCUGACAGGAAUAGCUUGAUUUCCUGAGGACUAUCACCUGAUGUCAAACCCCACAAUAAAUUGGUUUUCACUAUGAAGAUACCAAACAUGGCGUUUUUCGAGGUUUCGGCCCAACUAGAAUAAGGUGGGAUAUCCCACCCUAAACCGUUAUCAGCUUUUCCGUCCCAAGCUCCUCGUUUUAUCAUGCCUUUUGGGAGUGGUGAUAAGCCUUUUUCAUAGACACAACAAAAAUGGCGAUCCUUGAGAGCCAGAUCCCCGCCAUCUACGAACGCGCAAUCAAGAAGUACCAGGAGAUCACCGACGAGCCGUUGGAUGUACAAUUCCUCGCAAAGAUUCAAAAUGUUAAGGAUUUGACUAAAGAGAUAGACGCAAGGAACAACAACUUCCGCGAGUUUCGCGAGAAGCGGGGCGCUAUUUACGAUGUUCUUAACGCGGCGAUGUUCCCGGUACAAUUGUUCGGUGAUUUGGCAGCUGGAGGUGCCUCCAUGGUGUUUCCACCCAGCAGUCUUGUCUUUGGAGCCGUUACAUACCUGAUGGGUGCUGCGAAGGGGGUGUCGGCUUCGUAUGAUGCCAUCCAGGAUUUAAUGAGUACAUUGAAGGACUUCACUAUCCGGCUGAAAGCGUAUAGUCGGGAGGCCAUCUCUGAAGACUUGAGUAACAAGCUCAGCGAUAUUCUUGUUACCUUGGUUGAGAUUUUCGCUCUGUCGACUAAAACGAUUCGCCGAGGCCGACUGCUCAAGUUCACGCGCAAUAUUCUGCUUGGAAGCAAUGAUGCGAUCCAGGGGGCAAUGGGUAAGCUGGACAAGUUGACUAGAGUAGAGGCUGACCUAGUUGGAGCUGAGACGCUGACCGAGUCCAAACGGACUGGUCGCGUUGUGGAUGGCAUGUCAGUAACGGUCAACACUACCAACGCCACUGUGAUUGAAACAGGUAUGACCGUGAACCAGAUGAACGUUCGAGUGAACGAGGUGCAGGAGAUGCUGGGGACCUUGCUUGUCUCAGUGAACGAGAACAAGCAGGAAAAUAGCGAUGAUCGUGAAAAAGCACUGCAGGAGCAUGUGAACAAGAUCCUCCGACCAUCAAAAACAGAUUUUGCCCAAGACUGGUAUGAUAAGAUCAAUAAGGCCCGUAUACCGGGUACAGGAGACUGGGUCCGGGAUGAGAGCAUCUUCCAAGAGUGGCUAAGCAAGGAUACGCCGGUUAUUUUUAUAUCGGGUAAUCCUGGAGCCGGAAAGUCCUACAUCGUGGCGAAUAUCAUUAGCCUCCUCAGGGAGUUGCAUCCCCAGGGCGUUCAAAACACGUCGCUAACCUCUGUGGGAUUCUUCUUUUUCAAGGACGACAAUCCGGGCACGAGGUCAUUCCACCAGGCCCUGCGGGACCUUGCACUGCAGAUUAGCAGAAAUGACCCGGUGUAUCUGAAACAUCUCGCCACCAUCGAGGACUACGAGAGGAUAAGCACACUCGAAAGUGCAUGGCGACUCCUCUUUACCGGAUAUUUCAUUAAGAAAUCCAACACCGAUAGCAAUGUCUAUAUCCUGCUAGACGCCGUUGAUGAAGCGUUAGACCAAGAACGGAGGGCCUUCCUCAGUCUGGCAAAAGAUCUAUACGAUUCCCCAGACGAUUCACGCCUCCAGCUUGCCAUUAUUGGUCGACCUCACAUAAGUGACCAGUUACUUGAAGGUCUAGAGGAGGAGGUACCAACAAUUCAUGUCACGACGUUGAAGAACUCUAAAGACAUAAAUCAGUACAUCCAUACUAGCGUCAAGAAGUCUGUGGUACUCAGAAGAGUGUCGGCGAAAUUGCGCCAGGAGAUUGUGGAGAAGCUAUCGGCCGGUGCGGAGGGCAUGUUUCUCUGGGUGAACCUCAUGCUGCAAGAAUUAGUCAAGAAGCGGAAUGAGUCAAGUAUACGGAAGGCUUUGGAUCAAGCGCCAAAGGGCCUCAAAGAAAUGCUGCGCCAUGUUCUAUUAAGUUUCUCCACUAGCUCUAAUGAAGAGGAGCUAGAAUUCCUCAAUGAGAUACUACUAUGGGUCACCUGUUCGAGGCAACCUUUAACUCUGGCUGAGGUAGAGGCGAUCCUCAGGCUAAAGUCACCGGAGGGAGACGGUAUGAUCUAUCCCGAAGGAGCACUACGGCGCCAGUUUGCCUCCUUCUUCAACCUGGAUCGAGAAGAUGGGCUCACCACGGCUGAGCUACAGAUGAUGUCCGCCAAUAGGAGCACUUUUGAUGAGUCUGACGAUGAAGGGGAAGAUAAUGACGCUGGCGAAGAGGCGUUCGACGAUGUGGAGAACUUCACAGAUUUUGACUCUCACAAGCAAACAACGACGGUCACUUUUUGUCAUGCAUCCAUUGGCGAUUUCUUCCGUGAUCAGACGGAAGGUAAAGUUUCCGAUGGGGAAAGUCAUGUUCCUGUUGGUGUCGAUUACCUGAAGGCGAAGGCGCACGUGCUCAAGACAUUUUUAAGGCUCUUUACGGAUAAGGACUUUGUGAAGAAAGCGGAUGAUUCUGAGCAUAUGCUCCGCCAUGCGGCCGAAAACUGGGUCCAACAUCUUCUUACCACGCCCUCAACUGACUGCUGUCUUGAGGAUAGACGUGAUAUAGCCAAAAUGCUCCUGGUGGCUUUUAGAUCGGAGGAAGCGAUUACUUCCUGGUUAGGUUAUCGGGGCUGGGUAUCAACAGAGGCUGGUACUCGAGCUGUCCGACAGUGGUGGGAAGACGAGGAAGUUCUCAAAUUGCUGACCCCUGACGAACGAGAGUUUAUUUCCUCGACCAAGGAUGAUCCCAUCACAACAUUCAAGCCGGUUGUCAUGCUCUGCAUUAAGAAAUGGCUCAUGGAAGAUGUGUGGUUGGUUGCUCCUGUUGCUGCCGUGGUGUGGAGCUACCAAAGUCUUAUUAAAGGCAAGGAGGUUGACUUUCUCGAAAUAUUCAAUCCGACGGCAGAGGAGAUUAUUGAAGCUGCUGAGUUCGGCGAUUCUGAAAAAACUGCGCUCUGGUAUCGCAGGUGUGCGAUGGUUCUGCGCCAGUUGCAGUAUCUUGACCAGGCGUUGGAAUACUUCUCCAAGGCGGUUGAACUAGAGCCUGACAAGUGGCUGAUCAAAGCUGGUAUGGCAAUAACAUAUUCGAUGAAAGGGGAAUGGCAGAAAGCCGUCGACCUUGAUAAAGAAAUUGUGCAAGCUUUAUCAGCACAGAUUGGAUCCAAUCAAGAAAAUUUAACGCUCAAAGCAAGUCUUCACACAUGCCUAGAACGCCUGGGCGACUCUUUUAAACAGCUUGGAGAUUCAGAGAAGUGGUUUGAGGCAUAUAAGAAAGCACAGGCGACGAUACCCUAUUGUGACAAUUGUAUUAAUGUACUUCUCGAGCAUUAUGGCAUAAACCAUAAUCAUGAUGCCACCAUUGACCUACUUAAGGAAUUAGCCAAUACGCCGGUUCCGGGCGAAGACUUUUCAAGAUUGACGCAGUCGCUGUGGGACAAUCCGGAAGAAGACACGAGAUACUUUGUGCUUGCUGCAGAUGCUGCAUUGGCUACCAAUAACCUCGGUUUCAUGGUGGAGUCAUGGCGUACUGCAGCCCGUGCGGCUAGGAAGGCGUCCAAGACGGUGACAGCCGCUCAGCUCGAUAUGUCUCUUUCUCGGAUUUACAGUGAAUUCCUUCAUGAUCAGGAAAAGGCAGUCAAGCGUUGGGAGAAGAUCAUGAACACGUACGCCUCAUCCAAGGAUGAAACUGCGGUUGGCUUUUUAAGGCUGAAGGCCUCCUUUGAACUGGCAAAACAGUUUCUCGGUGACGCUGUUGAGGCAGGAAUCGGAACCCCACAAGCAGAAGAAGCUGGUGCAAAACUCGAGAAGCUUGUAAAACAAGCCAAGCUAGACGAUAAGUCCGCACUUUGGAUUAUCUCCAGCACGCGUGCCAUUUGCUUGGGUACCUACUAUCGCUUGAGCGGACGUGAAGAGGAAGCUAGGGCUCUUUUCAAACCAUCCAUCAAGCGGGGGAUCGAAAUUUUGUCAGAUGAUGAUCCUGAAAACGACGUAUUUGGGUUCAUAGACCUCAUGAACGCACUAUUAGCGGCUGGCGACGUCAAAAACGUGACUGCGAUCGCGUAUCAUGAAGUCUUUGGGAAAUACAAUGUAGAUGAUCUAGAGGGGACAACGGGCAAUGAAAGCCUUGACAAUGAGAGCUCUGACUUGGUGACCUGUGAUGGACCAUGUCGGAAAGAAUUGCCUUCGCUCGAUGACUACUAUCAGUGUCCCAUCUGUCUGGAUACUGGAUUCUGUCCAACUUGCGUCAAGCUACUCGCGGAGGGCACCAUGGGCAUCAAGAAAUGCAAUCCCAAACACGUCAAGGACUUUUUGUAUGUUCCCCGGCGGCCUAGGAACGUAGCAGCGGGAAAGAUGCUGGUGGACGGUGAGGAGAUGGACUUCGAGCUUUGGAAGCAGCAGCUGAAGAAGGAAUGGGGUAUAUAGUGUUUAUCCCUAGGAUUCCAAGACAAAUUGUUGCUUCUGAUGUUACUAAUGCUAAACUGUGGGAUCCAUAAAGUGGAGAGCAAAA